UCAACAGUGAAAUGAUCAACACGAGUGCUACGCAGGAUGAGGCGGAUUACCUGGGCGGAGUGGUGUGCGACGACGAGGCCAAGGGAGAGAUUUCUAUGAACCGCUUCCUGGACUUCCUGAAACUCACGUGCCAGGUGAACGAGUCCAUCGAGUGCAAAGACAUCCGCAGCACCGCAAUAGACUACAACGACCUGGCCAAGAACGACAUGGUGAACUCUAUCCUCCACCGCACGGUGCCGGGUAUUCACCAGGACGCGAAGAAAAACUCUCCGGGCGCUGAGAAGCGCGAGAGAGGAAUCACAGUUUCGAGCUUCAGGCCGAAGAGGAGCGCUUCUGGGACGAAAAAUCCCGCCAAAGGCAAGACGGACGGCCAAUUGGACGGGAUGCUGAGCGAGAAGCUAGACGAGGUGAUUAAUGAGGGCAUCCUGGACUCUGUCUUGCCGUUUAUUUGUCCAAAUCAACCUCCCACGAGCUUGAUGUCCAGCAGCAGCGGCACAAAUUCAUCCGGCAAGAAAGUCACUCUUCCUCUGAAUCUCAAGACAUCGUCGCAGACUCUGCAAGUGGCUGAUGGACACCACAAGAGCCCAGCAGUCUCUCCCACAAUCGUGGAGUCCUCUUCGGAUGGUGGAAGCUUUACAGGAAGACGUCCGUCCAAGUCUUCGGAUACUUUGGCGCCCUCCAAGGCGCGUCGGAAGUCUCUGAUGAGCCCCAUCGCUGGCGAGGGACACAAACAGGAGGCUGAGAUUGUGAUUCACGUGUGUGACGAGGUGAAGAACAUCUCGCGGGACUUCACUUGUCCGCAGAAGCUGCUGGUCAGCAAGAUGGGAUACUUUCCCGAGGUCACAGCCGGCCAGAGACUGGAGGAUAUGGACAUCUCCGUGCAUUGCGACAUUCAGAUCUUUGAGUGGCUGAUGAAGUGGGUGAAGAGAGACAUCCUGCCGCAGCCCGAGUGGCCGACGCUCGAUCCCUUCAACGUGAUUCCCAUCCUCGUGUCCGCCAGCUUCCUCCAGAUGGAGCCUCUCCUCCUGGACUGUCUCUCCUUCUGCCACGCGCGCCUCUCAGACAUUGUCAAGGCCUCGGCGAAUCUCUCGUGCCUCAACGAGGGCAUCGUCACCCGGCUGGCGGCGAUGUUCACGAACCUGGAGCUCGAGGGAGUGCGAGACAAGAAGGACAGAGUCGUGCCACGCCUGUGGACGAAGAUGAUCCAGAGUCUGUGCGAGACGGAGCCUCAGGCGCUACGCGGACACUUCGCCAGUCUGGCCGGCCUAUUCCGGUGCAGUCGCUGCGGGCGAUUUCUCACUCCGGCCGUCGCCUCGUAUGUCUUCUGCCAACCACAGAAUAUGCGCGUGAAUCGCUGGGGUCAGAUCGUGAGCCAGCACACGCGCGACUCCAACUGGAACAUCACCAGCUUCAUCGCGGCGUUGUAUAAGGAGCUGCGCUCCUGGCGCCGACUCUACUGGCGCCUCUGGGGACACUGCCACUUCCUCUACUGCGCCGCCUGCGAGAUGCACUUCCCCGUGUACCAGAUGAACUGGUGCCAGUACCAUCCGGACCAGCCGCAGUUCCUCGGGCCUACGGUGGAGGGCAGGACAGCUGGGCCCGGAGGGCGCUAUCCGUGCUGUGGUCAGCAGGCGUAUCGCUACGAGACACUGACGGGACCGUCGGGAUGCCAGUACAGAGAGCACACGGUGCAGAUCGAGACGGACCGCGACAGGUCAAUCCUGCAGCUGGCGCAGGUGGCGGCUGAGGGUGGAUUCCUCUUCGACGUGGCGCCGGUGAAGAGCCACACGCAGAACGGAGAGCCUUGGUGGACGGGAAUCGCUCUGCUGCCGCAUAGAUCGCGCCAGGGACUGCUGCCGAUGCUGCACGUCGAAGAGCCCGUGCUGUCCAAGAGCAAGAAAUGCGCCACGCGACAGACUUCCAUGAUGCUGGACUCGAGCAGCGACUCAGAGUCCAGCGACAAUGUGAAGAACCACCGCUCGACGCUGGUCAGGCAGUCGUCGUACAGCAGUGACGGCGGUGAGUCGGAGUACAGCAGCCCGCGCCAGUAUCGCUAUCGCAGCUCCAAGCGGCGCCCCAAGAUGCCGAGCGGGCGAUACUGGUCGGGCGAGAUGUCGGCGCGCAGCAAUCAGGACAACCAGCGCGAGUUCGAGGAGCGCGCCAUGAAGCAAGUGAUCGCGAUGCUGUGCAAGAAACAGGGCAGCGAUUCUGGCCAGCAGCACCAUCAGCAGAAGGAGCACAACUACCACCACCAGGGCGGCUCGUAUGUGCGCCUGGAGGCGGAGUGGCGCGAGAGCCUGAAGAGCCGCGGCGCCGUGGCGUCGAAGGGCAAGUCGCAGAAGUAGCGCUCGAUUGGCACG